AUGAUUUUAAAAAGCUUGUUCUUAUUAGCCAGUGUCACACUUGGCGUAAUCGACAGUGUGGUCGCAGUUCCUCACAGACGCAGCAAUGUAGUGAGCAGUGUGCCAAACUUCAACGAUUAUAGCAUUGGAGAUGCGCCGGAUAUCUACAAGCUUUUCUCUUCGCCAUUUUCAGGAUGUUUCGGUAUGUAUCGUGAUGGCACAGACUGCGUAGCUGAAAAACCAAAUGAUUCAUACAUCCGCCAAGACCCCGUGUCAUCUUCUGGCACUGUAAUGGAAAUAAAUCUUCGUAAAGGCGUAUAUGGCACAGAUGAUGAAGGAACAGGAGGCCAGUAUUACACGGAAGAAUUCAGUAGCUCAGAAUUCUCUGACUUGACUGAUGCGACAUAUGAAUACGAGGUUUACUUCCCUUCGACAUUCGAGUGGACUCUUGGGGGAAAAUUACCGGGCAUGUACGGGGGUUCUUUUGAUUGUAGUGGUGGUUAUAAAGCUGACGGUGACGAUUGCUUCUCUACGCGAUUGAUGUGGCGAGAAAACGGUGAGGGUGAAGCGUACAUGUAUAUCCCAAUGACGGAACAAGAUGACUCAUUCUGCGCAAAAUGUGCUUAUCCGGUGAUGGAGAAUGGUUGUGAAAGUGUUUCAACUUGUUCAUUGAGUCGAGGUGCAUUCUCAUUUCAAAGAGGCAAGUUCAACAAGGUUAAGCAAUACGUCAAACUCAAUGCUGUGGGGGAAAAUGAUGGUGAGUUCCAGUUAUGGAUCAAUGGGGCGAAGGUGAUUUCCGAGAGUUUGACAUACCGUACUUCUGAGAAGCUGAAACUAGGUGGAAGCUUUUUCAGCGUUUUUUUCGGCGGUUCUGGAAAUCAGUAUGCCCCCGACAACGAUAACACAAUACUUUUCAAAGGCUUCGAAUUGACCGCCGGCCUUGCCUGAUCACUGCAAAAUAGUCGAAUAGACUUCCCAUUAAGAGCACGCAACACAGUGCAGUAAAUCUAAUAAAACUAAUAGAGUAUAAAG